AUGGAGCCACCGGGGGCGCAGGACGAGUGGGAACAUUUUUUUGCAGAAGUGUUUAAAGCAAAGGCGGAAAUACCUCACGACCCCACUGUAAUUGCUGAGGGGCUCUACAAAACCAUCGUCAAGAAAGCCACUGCAAACUUGAUGGGUUUUCUUAAUACUAUCUACACUCGAGCUUUGAGUGUGACCUACUUUGAUGAAGCCCACAAGUUGGGUUCAUGUUUGUGGGUCUUCUUACAUCUCUUGUCCAUUCAAGAAUCGUCAAUAAGACUGUGGCUGGAAUUGGCUCAACUGCUGCCGCCCUAUAUCGUGCUCAGCUUUGACCAGCGAGUGAUUGCGAAGAAUCAGGCAGCAGUGUCUGUCAGCAUGGGUCAUCUCCAAACCAUCGAGCAUCUCGCCCAAUGUGGACGGCCCUUGUGGAGUGCACUGCUACCAGAAGCAAAACACAACGAGAUGGUCAGCUUUGCCUCCUUGAAGCUGACAAAUGGCCUUAUCUGUCUUGAUCUGGUACUGACUGGCUCAGAAGCUGUACAACUCACUGAUCACAGUGUCACGCAUCACAUGAGACUCCUCACCGGCUUCUCAGCUAACAAUGAAAUAUCCCACACAAGCUCGCCAUCGGAGCCCAUCCUUGUGCAGGGCAGUAUUGAUCUCUUGUACAACACCUCGGAGACGAAUCGCUUGGCGCAUGUCCUGGAUACCCUGAGCAAUGACCUAUGCAGUCGAGAACUCAUCAAAAAAGGUGCUUUGGGUGAGCUUGGUGCCCGCAUACUUCUCCUUAUUGCCCGCCAUUUCACCACUCCUUGUCGGGAUCUUCUGGAACCUGUUCGCCUUCUGGAUUUUCUCUGCACACUCUUUGGCAGCAACCUUUGGGCCGGUCAAAAUCACCAAAAGUUUAAUGCAGGACUUGAUAGUGCUAAACGUGCAUGUGCCUGCUGA